CAGAGCAGAUUCCCACCAGCUGCAACCUGUUCCAUAAUCAAGACCUCUACAAAUACUCAGCCCUGCCACUUCCACGCCGUCAGAUCGUAAUCUCUGCUCAGUCAGUCUAUGUUCCUUUUUAGAUCCUGUUGUCCUGCUGUGCCUGUCUUCCCUUGACUGAUGCUGUUUUCCUCUCUACUACAGUUCUGCCCACUCUGACUCUGGUCCCUGUCUCCAGUCCUACUUCUCGUCAGUCCUGCUACUCUGUCCUGGAUCCCCCACUCUACGGCUCCCUUGGAUUCCCCUCUGGAUCUGCUUACCCUGUCCCAACACGUCUCGCUCCAGCCUCGGCCUCCGCACCUGGUUUACUGCAACCUGCCUUAGCUCCCCCUGGCCUGCCCUCAAUCUUCCCCCUGUGUUUUAAUAAAUACCUUGGUCACCUCAUCCCAGUCACCUGUUCACCUGGGUUCACCUGUUCCGCUUCGCGUGACACAAAAGGGUUCUAACUGGAACCAAAAAGGGUUCUCCUAUGGGGACAGCUGAAUAACCCUUUGGAACCCGUUUUCUAAGAGUGUAGCACCUUAAUUAACCCCCUAGUCAAAGGGACACCUUAUGGUGACAGUUAUGCAAAACUUCAAUGAUUUAGGCCCAGUGAUGGCUGUUACACUUGGUUUAUUACACCGUUGCUUAUCUCAUUAUAUACAAACCACCCAUUCAUUGACUGCUUACUUGUUCUGAUAAAAUGAGCUAGAGAGAACAUUUUUUCCAAGUUAAAUUAGGAGCAUGUAAUUAGAAAGAGGUGGACAGUCCUCCCCAACCAAGCUGAGGAGAGAAGUGACUUUAAUCUGCACAAAUAACUUUCCGUGAAGCCUGUGUAGCGGAUAGCCUUGGACUUUCCACCAUAUCCUCUGUUUGAUGACCUGUUGAUAGCUUGAAAGCCAUGGUGGUGAGGAGUGGGGUGAUUCUGUCUGUCUACAUCAUCACCUUCCUGAUUGGCCUGCCUGGCAACAUCCUGGCACUUUACGCCUUCAGCGUCAAGAUCCACAACAAACCCACUCCCACAGACAUCCUCCUGCUCAACCUGACUGUGUCCGACCUUAUCUUCCUGCUCUUCCUGCCCCUCAAGAUGCACGAGGCAGCCUCCGGCAUGGUCUGGACUCUCCCCAGGCUUCUCUGCAACGUUACCUCUUUCGUCUUCUUCUCCACAAUCUACACCAGCUCCCUCCUGCUGAUGGUGGUCAGUGUUGACCGCUACCUGUGUGUGGCCUUCCCUGUCCAGUACAGGCUCCGCCGCAAGCCAUUGUACGGAGUGGUGAGCAGCCUGGUGGUGUGGGUCUUCAGCUCGGUCCACCUCUGCUUCAUCUACAUCGUGGGGAACCAGACCUCAUCUGAUUUAUAUACCUGCUAUGACAACUUCACCCAGGAGCAGCUGAAGGUGGUGCUUCCCAUGCGCUUGGAGCUGUGUGUGGUUCUAUACAUCGUGCCACUGUUGGUCUGUGUGUUCUGCUACCUGAACUUCAUCCUCAUCCUCAAUAGGACCCCAAACCUUUGUGCAGAGAAAAAGAAGAGAGCCGUCGGAAUGGCUGUGGGGACCUUGCUUGUUUUUGUUGUCUGCUUCCUGCCCUAUAAUGUCACCCAUGUACAGGGGUUCAUCAUCCAAGACAACGUGGAGUGGCGGCUCUACGCUCUGCUCCUGACCACGGUCAACACCGUCCUGGAUCCUGUGACGUUCUACUUCUCCUCCUCCAUGUUCCAGGCCACCAUGAAGAGGAUCCUAACUGGGAAGCGAAGGAACAGCACCCCUGGUGUCUUCAUGACAGCUCAAAACAACACUAGAGACAUAGAGGGACACAGUAACCCAGCCACAACUGAGGGAGGUUUGUCUGACAAGUGACAGAGCUUUUGAUGACAAUUGAAGACUUCCUAAUAUGGAUGCCAUAUUACGGGGCAGACAGUCACCAGUUCACAGCCAAUGAUGUAGACAAGAGAGAGACCUGCCAGCAGCAUACCUGCCAGCAGAAUACCAACCUACAUCCUACUGCUCACUUAACUAUGAAGCUAAGCAGGGUUGGUCCUAGUUGGUCCCUGGACACAUACAACCACAUGGACACAUACAGUAACAAUUAGUGGUUUGUUGCUACAGUACUCGUCAAGUGUUAGCAAAAUGCUAAUACACAUAUGAUGUUACAUCAACCUUGGGCACAUGGAAAAAUACAUGUUUGGAUUCUGUUAUCAUUUACAUGACUGUUCUCUUGGGAAGUCAAUGUCUGUUUCCACACUAUUUACAAAAUCAAUAUUAAAAUUAGACAUGGGUAUUUCCCUCCCUCCUACACAUAUGUAAUAUCAGAUGUAAGCACAGCAAUGUUUUGCAUUUUAGUUAAUCGUUACCAUGCACUCUCACCUCCUCAUGUUUGCACUGUUCAAUAAGUCUGCUGUGCACUCAAACAGGUCUGCUUGACUGCUAGAUAUGCUAGAACAUGUAAAUAGAACAUUCUGCUGUUUUGACCAAAGUAACAACCUUCUUGGGAAGCUUGAAUACACAUGGCUGAGCUCUCCAAUUCCUGAUUCAAAAUAAAUACACAUCCACAGCCAGGUAGGUUAUGACCAUUUGGAAUUAAGAAUGUGUUAUCCUUCUCCCUUUAAGGUUUUCACUGUUGAGCUGCAAGUGUACUGUGUGAAGAAUGUACCUAUAAGCUAAUUGUGAUUCAUUCAUUGGUGAUAAGGAGUUGGCUGAGAUAUUGUAACAAAAAUACAUUGAUCAUUGAAAACA